UUUCGAAACCACGUUGUUGCACUUUUGUGUAUAUAGCAGUAAAUUUAAAUUAAAAGUUCGCAAUACAGUACUUUAGAAUUCAUUAUUCAAUUUUGCGCAUAACAAUGAGAUUAAUCGCAGAAAAUCACACACUUAAUUGCAAUCACAUCUUUUAAUCGUUGCCCAGCACUAAUUAUAACACAUGGGCAGCGAUUGUACAGAGAGAGCUGGAGGAGGUGCUUUCUGCAGUCAGGGUUGGAUCUCUGGAUCAGUGUUAGAGGUGACAAUCAGACCAGGAGACAACAUCACUCUUUACUGUGACUGCAAAACAUCAUAUAGAGUAAACAUAGUGUGGUACAGGAACUGCUCUCAUAAGAACCAGCCGUCUCUUGUCCUAAAACAAAAUUUUGACGCAUGGAGACACAGCAGUGAUGCUUUAGUUGCUCUGAAUCCCCUUCCCCAUUUCUAUUUUGUGAGGAACAAUUUCUCUGAAUCCUACGACCUGCUGAUCAUGAACACCACUGACUCUGACGAGGGCCUCUACUACUGUGGAACUGAACAGACCAAGGAGGAGGAUAAUGGAUACAUUACUCGCAGAUUUGUGUAUAGAUAUGGCAACAUCACAACAAGGAUCCUAGUCAACUCCAGCGAGCCUCACCUCCUGAUUACACGAGACUGUGGUGUGUGUUGGAUGCUGCUGUUUUCUCUGUGUCCAGCGUUUGCUGUUCUCUCCUCUCUCCUCUCAUCUCUUCUUGUUUAUCACCUCUAUCGGAAAACAGCUAAGGAACCUGAAACCAAUGAGACAAGACCUGACACCAGAGGCCAAACCAGGGGGAAUAAGGAGGAAGAUCUUUGUUAUGCUGCUCUGGAAUUCCAUCAGACAUCACAGAGACCAACAAAGAAGAAAGUCCAGAGUUCUCACUUCAUCACCUAUUCUGCAGUCAAUACUUGUAGGAUGUAAAGGGCCUAACAAUUUACACAAACAUAAGAAAUUGUAAAAUGAAUUCAUUAAAGCUGAUAUUUCUGUAAUUUAGUUUCCCUUGCAAACCAGAGGAGCAAUCAAUACCACUUAUGAUAUGUAGUAUAUACAGUAUUAAAAUAUUUAUGGAAUACAGUUGGGGGUUUAUUUUUCAAAAGUUCCAAAGCAAAAAUGUGUUUUCAAAGUUGAUUCUAAAUAAUUUUAUCUGCGUCACUUUUCCUCUGAGAAUAAAUAUACGU